AGUGACUGCAGUGGUCGCCAGAGACCCCGGAAGUUGACGCGGCGAGCCAUAGCUGCUGAGUGACUCCCGGCUAGCGAUGGGUUGCGACGGGGGAACGAUCCCCAAGAGGCACGAACUGGUGAAGGGGCCCAAGAAAGUUGAGAAGGUUGAUAAAGAUGCUGAACUGGUGGCCCAAUGGAACUAUUGUGCUUUAAGUCAAGAAAUAUUAAGACGCCCAAUAGUUGCCUGUGAACUUGGCAGACUUUAUAACAAAGAUGCCGUCAUUGAGUUUCUGUUGGACAAAUCUUCUGGAAAGGCUUUGGGGAAGGCAGCCGCUCACAUUAAAAGCAUCAAGAAUGUGACAGAACUGAGGCUUUCUGAUAAUCCCGCCUGGGAAGGGGAUAAAGGAAACACAAAAGGCGACAAACACGAUGACCUCCAGCGAGCACGUUUCAUCUGUCCUGUCGUGGGCUUGGAGAUGAAUGGCCGACACAGGUUUUGCUUUCUGCGGUGCUGUGGGUGCGUGUUCUCUGAACGGGCCUUGAAAGAGAUAAAAGCGGAAGUUUGUCACACAUGUGGGGCUGCCUUCCAGGAGGACGACGUCACCGUGCUCAACGGCACCAAGGAGGACGUGGAAAUGCUGAAGAGCAGGAUGGAGGAGAGACGGCUGAGAGCGAGGCUGGGAAAGAAAGUGAAGAAACCCAAGGCGGCAGAGUCAGUCUCCAAACCGGAUGUCAGUGAAGAAUCCGCAGGACCAUCAAAAAUUAAGGUCGGGAAGCCUGAAGAGACCAGCCUUGAUUCUAGAGAGAAAAAAAUCAACCCAGCUCCCAAAAGUGCAGCAGCAGCAAAUGCGAGCUCUUCUGGAAAAGCUGGGAAGCCUCCCUGUGGAGCCCCAAAGCGGUCCAUUGCUGCCAGCGAGGAGUCAGAAGCUUACAAGUCCCUCUUCACCUCCCACAGCUCCGCCAAGCGCCCCAAGGAGGAGUCAGCCCACUGGGUCACCCACACGUCCUACUGCUUCUGAAGCCCUGGCCCCCCGGCCCCACGCAGCCUGCUCGCUCCCGUGGGGCAGCUGGUGUGGGCGCUGGCUGUGCCGGAUGGUCCCUGCUAGGCCUCCAUUUGCACCUUGUCACACAGUCGCCCUCCACACCUCGGAGCCGGUGUGGUCACUCCUGCCUGUGAGGCUUGGUGGGCGCCCACCCACAUCCCCCUCUCCCGCAGGCCCCGUGCUCACUUCCACCUGGAGCUACAUCUGGACCUGCCCACGGCCAGGAACGCCGUGUCGGCCACACUGUGCUUGAAAUCAUGAGAUUCCGGAUUCCUCGGGAUGUGUGGUCGGCUCAUUCUGACGAAAAUUCUAGUGGUGUUGCUGCCAACAGUUAAUGAAGUAGAACUUAGGAAGGAUGAAUUUCAAAUGUCCUCUGCCCGCCGGGGGCGUGUCUCCUCGCCAGCUGAGGGGAUGGAGGAGAUAUUUCCUGCGUUCAUCAUUUCCAGGAUAGAAAAGAUUGAGUCGGGCACCCGAUGAUUUGACACAAAAAUAAAGCCAGUCUGCCUGUGCUCU